AUGGCAGGCGGAGCAAAGAAACCAGUUAAUAUCUUUCGCCUCAAAGACCUCGGCGAGCCUAAAGAGGUCUUUAACUGGCGAUUAUGGUUUGCGGUCAUCUCAUUUGGCCUGAUGGGCGCUGCCCGAGGUGUUGAUGAGGGUUUGAUCUCAGGCGCUUUCAACUCUAAAGACUUCCAGCAUUACAUCAACUACGACUCGUACAGCAAAGUGGAACAAACCAACAUCAAAGGAAAUGUUACUGCUAUGGUUCAGAUUGGAUCUGUUGGAGGUGCUCUUUUUGCCUUCUUAGUUUGUGAUCGCAUCGGCCGUAUCUGGGCAACUCGCCAACUUUGUGUUCUAUGGAUCAUCGGAAUCGCAAUUUUCAUGGGUAACAAUGGCAGCUUGGGUGCUGUUUAUGCUGGUCGCUUUAUUGCUGGACUUGGUGUGGGCCAGACAGUUGUCGUUGCGCCUGUAUAUCUUGCCGAAAUUGCACCCGCCUCUAUCCGUGGCCUCUGUACCUGUGUCUUCACAGGCUUUGUCUAUUUGGGUAUUGUACUUGCAUAUUUCGCCAACUAUGGCUGCGAACUUAAUCUUGGAGACAAAACCCACAAUCGAUGGCUCGUUCCCACGAGUCUGCACAUUAUCUUUGCUGGCCUAAUCUUCCUCCUCUCCUUCCUUCAAUACGAAUCGCCCCGAUACCUAAUCAAACGCGGCCAGCUCGACAAAGCCAUCUCCAAUCUCUCCAAAAUCCGCGGUCUAUCAACCGACGACGAAUAUGUUAUCCGCGAGAUAUCCCUCAUUCAGACGACACAUGAAGCUGAGAUGGAAGCCACAAUGGGGUCUGGCGCGAUUGGCGUUAUUAAGGAAACAUUCUUAGUCCCAUCGAACCUCUACCGAGUCUACCUCACAUUCAUGGCACAACUUCUAUCGCAGUGGUCCGGUGCCGGCAGUAUUACUGUCUACGCCCCAGAUUUGUUCAAGUUGCUCGGAGUUACAGGCAACAACGAGUCUCUGCUGGUCACUGCUGUAUUUGGAAUCGUCAAACUAGUUGCUGCAAUUCUGUGUGCUCUUUUCUUGGUCGAUGUGAUUGGACGCAAGCGAGCCCUUCUUCUUGGUAUCACUCUACAAGGGAUUGCUAUGAUCUACAUCGCCGGCUUCUUGACCUCUGUCCCCGACAUGGGCGUCGUUGAUGGUUACACGGUACCGGCUGACAAGAAGGGUGCUAGUGAGGGAGCUAUCGCAAUGAUCUACAUCUCUGGAUUUGGAUGGGCUCUGGGCUGGAAUUCGAUGCAGUACCUUCUGACUGCCGAGCUCUUCCCCCUGCGCAUCCGUGCUCUUUGCACGUCUAUGGCUAUGACUCUGCACUUUGCCAACCAAUAUGGUAAUGCGCGGGCAGUACCCAAUAUGCUUCUCCCUGUCGCAAAGGGUGGAAUUGACCCCAAGGGUACUUUCUGGUGCUUCGCCGCCAUUACCAUCAUCGGUGGUGUCUGGGUCUGGUUUAGUAUUCCCGAGACGGCAGGCCGCUCCCUCGAGAGUAUGGAUCGUCUCUUUGCUCUGCCGUGGUACAAGAUUGGCCGGUAUGGUAACCAGGAUGCUGAUGAGCGUGAUCAGAUUGUGGAUGAGAAGUUGGAAAUGACGGCGCAGUCGCAGGGAAUGUCUCAACAUGUUGAGAGGCAGGAUAGAGAGGGCAGGGUUUGA